GUAAAGAUGAUUCCGUCGUUUUUCGCAUUUCAAAAGAAAAAUAUAUUGAGUUAUCAUUAAAUCGACGAUCUCUGUCCGAUGACGGGGGAACCCCAAUAGAACACGGACCGUGUUGUGCCAUAUUUGGUGAAUUGAGUCAUUAUGCAUUGGACUUUAUAUUCUUACGCAAAUGAAGUCAUGCUUCCUGAUAUUUCUUUUUCCACAGCGAGUGUUAAAUGAGAAAAGGAGAUAGAAAACGUGUUAACACUAGGAAUUUUAAAUGUGGUCCUUCACCUAAAGUAUAUUCUGAUUUUUCCCAAUAAUUGUUGCAGAGUCCUCUGAUGCAUUAUCAAAGCGUCGAUGAAUUUUCACAUUAACAAAACAUGAAGUUAGAACACGAACUUACGCAUACAAAAUAGCAGGAUAAUUUUCUUAUAUGUCUUUUUUUUUUAUCUAAGUUUAUUUGAUUGGUGUGUGCAGAAAUUAAAUUAGACCUGGGAUUAAAUUACCGUUAUUGGAAUAAUGAAUAAGUUGGAUGGUUUGAUAGAAGUUUUAAGACUUCGAGAUAUAAGAGUGUUCAAGAAAGACCCCGAGGAAAAGUCCUUUGUAAAAUAUGACGAACUGGAUGAAGCGUAUUCCGAGGAAGAAGAUAAAAAGUCCCGUUUCCUUGGAUACUGUCCUUCAUGUACAUGCUGCAGAUGUAUCGCACAGCGCUACCUAGUGGCCGUGCUUAGCUGUAUAGGUUUUCUCAUCUCGUUCGGGAUUCGAUGUAACAUGGGGGUAGCUAUUGUAACCAUGACAAAAAACGAAACUUAUGGAGACGAAAACAAAGUCCCAACAAAAAUUCUCGAGGAUGGGGAAAACUCAACUGUAGCUAACAAAACGGUUCAUCCUUUUCUCCAUCUGCCCCAAUUCCUAUGGACCCCGGAAACCAUCGGUAUAGUGGAUAGUUCGUUUUUCUGGGGGUAUAUUGUGACCCAGAUUCCUGGGGGAUAUCUAGCUUCCAGAGUUCCUGCAAAUAGGAUAUUUGGAUUGGCUAUAGGAAUUUCUUCUUUUCUGAAUAUUCUUUUACCGGGAGCAGCUAGUGUCCACUAUGGGUUGGUCAUGGCAGUUCGAAUUUUGCAAGGAUUAGUUGAGGGUGUGACCUAUCCGGCUUGCCAUGGUAUCUGGAGACACUGGGCACCACCUCUAGAACGGUCUCGACUGGCCACCAUCUCAUUCUGUGGAUCAUAUGCUGGAGCUGUUCUAGGGAUGCCUCUUUCUGGAAUCUUGACAAAACAUCUCGGGUGGCAGUCAGGAUUCUACGUAUUUGGUAUCCUAGGCAUGGUGUGGUGCCUUUUCUGGAUGAUAUUCUCUUUUGAGAAACCCUCAACAAACCCUCAUAUCACACAGGAAGAGCGUAUUUACAUAGAAACGUCGAUAGCUGAGUCUGGCUGUCUAGUGGAUAAGGAUAUGAGGACUCCCUGGUUAAAGUUCUUUUCAUCCAUGCCCGUAUAUGCGAUAAUCGUGGCCAAUUUCUGUAGAAGCUGGACCUUUUACCUGCUAAUCAUUUCUCAGCCGAUGUAUUUCACUGAGGUGUUCCAUUUUGAUGUUUCCAAGAGUGGUAUUUUAGCCGCCCUUCCACAUCUUGUCAUGGCGAUCAUUGUUCCAAUAGGAGGAUUUAUAGCAGACAAGCUUAGGCAGCGCCUUCUGACUACUACUCAUGUCAGGAAAAUAUUUAAUUGUGGGGGUUUUGGUCUAGAGGCUUGUUUUCUGCUUGGAGUUGCAAUUACAAGAAACACAACAACAGCUAUCGUAUGUUUGACUCUAGCAGUUGGAUCCAGCGGGUUUGCCAUCUCAGGUUUCAAUGUCAACCAUCUGGAUAUAGCACCACGCUUUGCCAGUAUUCUGAUGGGAUUAUCUAACGGUGUGGGGACACUAUCAGGCAUGCUUUGCCCAGUUGUGACAGAACUUCUCACGAAGAAAGGGACUGCUGAUGAAUGGCAAAACGUCUUCAUCAUCGCAAGCGUGGUGCAUUUCCUCGGCAUCAUAUUUUAUGGCAUCUUCGCUUCCGGCGAGAAGCAGCCGUGGGCAGAACCACCAGAAGAAGAUAGGUGGCGUCCUGAAGAUACUCUUAAAGCAGAUGGUUCGGGAAAAUUGUUUUCUUAUGGUGCUUUUCAUGGGUAUGAUGCAAACCAAGCAGAGGAGAAAAUGAACGGAGGGGUUAUAUCAAACGGACAUGUAGCAAACGAGUUUCAAGGGAAUGGAGAAUAUGGCGGAUUUGAUAAAAGUGAGGAAUAUUAUAACAAUGGAUAUGGAGGGGAUUAUGGGAAAAGAAUGUCGUUUGAUGCACCGUUAUAUAAUACUAAAGAGGAACUUGUACAGGUGCAAUCAAAAGAUAGUUAUCUAAAUGACAAGAGAGAAUUAUAAUAAUUGUGAUAGUAUUAGGUACAACUUUUGGAUUUAGAUCAUGAAAUCACCAUUCCACAACGAUCUCGUUGCUAUUUCGAGAAUAUCAUUGCAUUGCUCUUCACUAAUUUAUAGAUAGAUUUACUUUACUUAUAUGUUGUACAAGUUUAGGAGUUAAACUAAAUCGUGGUUAGAUUAUUUGUAUCAUUGAUAAUUAAUCAAUCAUAUUAAGAGUGAGAAGUAUUAACAAAAACAAUAUGAUAAUCUUGCCUUGUUUAAGAAAACACUGUCAGUACUUUUAAUAUUGUCACAAACAAAAGAUGCUGUUAAGAUUAAGUAUUUAAAUCUUUUGAAUAGUGUGAAAUAAAUAGUGAAACACACAAAAAAGGUUCAUAAUUAUGGAGUCCUGUUUUAUUUCACUGUGUUUGACACUUUAUAAGUGUUAUGUUUUGUUCAAGUUUAUAAUGUUCUAUUGGUACUUGUUAAAAUAUUGGAGGUAUAAGUUUUGUUUUGCAUGACAUCAUGAUAAUUUUCCUUUCAAUGUGAUACAGAUACAUAGGUUUCGAGUCUUUAAUUUACCUAUAUUUCUAGAUAUCCCGAGAAUUCAAUGCUUUUUGGAUAUUUUAUUAAUUCAAA